AGUGCAGAGAUUUUCAUGCACUGAAAACCGGGCAUGACAACUUCUGCAACUGUCUCAUACAAUUCAGUUUCCGACCAUUAAACACAUUAACUUCACGUAGAGCAGAUAGGGGCUGUGAUCUGUUUGCAAGCAACUUGAGGAAGACCUGCUGAUUUACUGAAAGAGCCUAAUAAGGUUUUCUCUGAUUAGCAUUACACCAUGUGGGUGAUAAACUUGGUAGCCUUGGUCCUCCUGGCCACUUCAGCCUCAGCUGCCACCUCGGCUUCAGCAGACAAAGUCCUGAGUAACCACGCCACCAUCCUGGCUGACAACAGCGCAAACUUGGCUUUCAGUCUGUACCAAAACAUGGCUAAGGAAAAAAAUGUUGAAAACAUCCUCAUUUCCCCUGUGGUAGUGGCCUCCUCUCUGGGUCUUGUGGCUCUUGGGGGCAAAGCAUCCACUGCCUCUCAGGUAAAAACAAUUCUGAAUGCAGCCAAAGUUAAAGAUGAACAGCUGCACUCUGGUCUGGCUGAGCUCCUGACUGAGGUGAGCGACCCGAAGACCCGCAAUGUCACCUGGAAGAUUAGCAACCGCCUGUAUGGACCCAGCUCUGUCACCUUUGUGGAUGAUUUUGUCAAGAGCAGCAAAAAGCACUAUAACUGUGACCACUCUAAGAUAAACUUCAGAGAUAAGAAGAGUGCUGUGAACUCCAUCAACGAGUGGGCGGCCAAGUCUACUGAUGGCAAACUGCCCGAGGUCACCAAGGAUGUAGAAAAGACUGAUGGGGCAAUGAUCAUCAACGCUAUGUUUUUCAAACCUCACUGGGAUGAGCAGUUCCAUCAUAAGAUGGUGGACGACCGUGGAUUCAUGGUCUCCCGUAGCUACACUGUUUCAGUACAGAUGAUGCAUCGCACAGGUCUCUAUGACUUCUAUGAUGACAAAACCAAUAAAGUGUCCAUCCUGAGCAUGCCUCUGGCUCAUAAGAAGUCCACUGUGGUGUUCAUCAUGCCCUACCAUGUGGAACCUCUGGAGAGACUUGAGAAGAUGCUGACCAAGAAGCAGCUGGAUACGUGGAUGGGCAAGCUGCAGCAGACAGCAGUAGCCGUGUCUCUGCCCAAAGUCAGCAUGGAAGUCAGUCACGACCUGCAGAAACACCUCGGGGAGUUGGGCCUGACGGAGGCUGUGGACAAAUCCAAGGCCGACUUGUCCAACAUCUCUGGGAAGAAGGACCUCUACCUGUCGAGCGUCUUUCACGCCUCUGCAAUGGAAUGGGACACUGAUGGAAAUGAAAUUGACACCAGCGUCUUUGGCACUGACAAGCUGAAAAACCCUAAACUGUUCUACGCUGACCACCCUUUCAUCUUCCUAGUGAAGGACCAGAAGACAAACUCCAUCCUGUUCAUUGGCAGGAUGGUCAGGCCAAAGGGCGAAAAGAUGAGAGAUGAAUUGUAACCACAUGUUCACCAGAGUGUCUAAGUUAAAUGCCUGGUUGUGUGUUUGAGUGUAUAUUUUCUCCUGCAAUAUGCUGAGAGUAUUAGUAAAUGAGAUGUACGGUUUGAUAUUGCUCAAGUGCAUUCCUUUACAUCACGUGCCAGCAGCAUUCCACAAUACAUGACAGAAGAGAUGUGUUUGUCCUGUGUUUUAGUCAGCAAACACUGUGCACACCCUUGAUUUUUAUUUUGAAGAAUAAUUGAUAUCACUAUGUGGCUUUUUUUGUCAUGUAUCGGCAGAUCACAUUACGGACUGAGGACUUACAUUAAGUAUGAUUUCCCUGAUUGAUGCCUAAAAUGUAAAUACACAGUUUUACUUUAAUGGAGGAGGAGCAUACCUGUGAAACAUUAGGAUUAGUAUAUGUCAGCGCAAAAGGGUUUCUGUUGUAAGCCUUAUGGUGUUCAAUAAUUUAACUUUUAGAAAGAUUUUGUGGUGCUUGCUGUUUAAUUUAACAAAAUGUGUUUUUAUAAGUCCAAGGAUCUGAAUGCACUGGUCUACACUGGCAAACAAACCAAAUUAUGUCUGAUUUAACAAGAAUUAUCUCUGUAACAAUAACACGUGGUUUGACAAUAUCAAAAUAUCAAUGGUUUUAGACUGUUACAAAUUUCUGGGGAGUUUUUGCAAUAAAAGUGUAAAAAAAACAAA